GUUUUUGGAUCAGCAACAAAGUUGAAGGUGCAACCGAGACAUUCAAACGUCUGAGUCUGGAGACCAGUUUAAAACCUGAAGAUGCAACCGAAAUAUACAAACAUCGAAUUCCGGAGACCAGUUUUAAAGCUGAAGAUGCAACCGAAAUAUGCAAACAUCGUGAAGACGAUGAAAAGUUAGAUCCUUUUCUCUGUUUGGGGAAAGUAAAAAACAUUAAAACAUUAAUUAAAUCAGGGAGGCUGCCAAGACAAAGAAUACUUGAUGAGAUGUGUCAGAUUUUUGGGAGGAAAUCCAAAGCGAUUAUCGUCACAUGCAAGGCAAUUUGUGAAUAUAUCAAAUCAAAACAUGUCGCUAUUGCACAUGUUUGGGCUGCGUAUACAAUUGAAAACCCGCAAAGAAUAACAUUUGUUAUAACUGUGAAGCAAAAAUCAGAAGGUACCAAAAGUAAAGAGUCUGUACGUUUAGAGAAAUUGAUCCAAUAUUCAUUUGUCAAACAAUACGCUGGCGAUUUUAGCUUAGAAGGCUCUGAGGUAAUUAAGCAACAGGCUUCACAUGCUGCGAAAUUAGAUGAAGAAUCCUAUGAAAAUCUUCAGACCUGCAUUUCAAAACACUCUGAAGAUUUGAUGAAGAAGCACAAGUAUCUGUCAAUUAUAUCUGCAUGUUCAAAAAGAUCAAAAGGGUUUGGCGCUUCAUGGGAAUUGUUGCCUGAAAAGUGUAUCGUUCUUUAUGUACAAAAAAAGAAUUAUAUUCCAAUUGAUGAAGAACCAUUUGAAGCAAGUUAUGACAGUAUUCCAGUUGAUGUUAGAGAAGGUGUCUUUAUACCGUACGGACAUACUGCCAGAGAAAAGCUAAAUCCUGUUAGGAUGGGGUGUCAAAUAGGUGGAGAUUGUUCUAGCGGCACCCUGGGCUGUUUUAUAGAUCAUCCUCAAUACGGAGUUUGUGGGCUUACAUGUGCACAUGUUCUUUUAAAUCCAUUGGAGCUGCUACAUUUGGAAACAUAUGGUAUGAUGAAAUGGCCAUUGCAUGGUAUGGUAAAAAAUGUUUAUCAGCCUGCUGAUAACAAGUCUGUAUUAGGAAACGUUGUUCAACUAAUUCGCAAAACAGCGCUCAAGCAAUACCUGUGGAAUGGAUGUGGCUUUGUUCAGAGUCACAGACAGACAACCGAAAACGGCAAGUUUCCCUGAUGACAACGGCGAUUUCGGGUAUCAACUUUUAUUAUUCAUGUAUUCUCUUGUAUUUAGUACUCCUUCUUAUAAAGUGAAUUAUGUUGAAUAUUCACCAUUUUAAGCUCUUAUAGAGCACAACGUUGUCUAGGUUAGCUGUUGCAUCACACACGGUCCGGUAACCGUCAGUUUGCACUUCUUUAAACAACAUCUCCUCCUAAACGAUAUGGACAAUAAUAUCAAAACAUUUUUGGAAUGAUCAUUGAGUGAUAUUCUUUAAAAAAUGUUAAAAAAUCAUUCAUUGCAAAAUAUGAUUGUCAUAGCCGCCGAAAGAAAAUCAUUUAAAUAUCAUUUCCUCCGAAGCGGUGAAAGGUUAAAACUUACGUUGCAUGAAACGAUAUCUCUUCCUUGUUUUAUCAGAAUUUGC